AUGUAUGCUAAUAUGCAGCAUGACUUCAAAGCCACACCCUCCUCUUCUCAUUUAUAGUCAGCACCAUCACGACCACUGCUAGAUUCAUAAACUCAGGUUUCUGCAAUAGUAAGGGAAAACAUUUAUUUUCAUGAAUAGAAAAAUGAGUCAAUUAUCCUGGAUACAUUCAACUUACACCCGAAAAUGUAUUAGAUUGCAGUGGGUGUCCAGAUUAAUUAUUUAUACAACAAUAUGUGUUAAACACAUGUCAACGGCACAGCAAUUAAAGGUUGAGCCACCGUCUAGUAUACAGAUUGAUGAUCCAGGAUAUUUAGGAAUGUUGGAUAUACACUGGAAGCCUCCUGUUACAGUAAAUCUUUACAGCCAAUGUAGAGUUCUGUAUGAAUUAAAUUUUCCAAGCGCCGAUGGUGGUUUAUGGAGGUCAAUUAGAACACGACAACUAGACUACAGAGCAGCGUUCAACUUCAACAAAGAGAUCAUUGUGAAAAUAAGAACCUAUUUGAAAGGCUCAUGCGUAAAUGAUUUGCAAGCAUGGAGUGAAUGGAUAGAAGCUAAUUUUUCCAUUCCCCUAAAAGGAAGCCCUGACUCCAAAAUUGAGGAUUUCCAAUGCAUCUAUUAUGACUGGGAGACCUUGAACUGCACUUGGCGUCAUGGAAAACAAAUACGACCAGAUGUGACUUAUGAGUUUCUUUAUUGGUAUAAAGGGUUGGCUGAGAAGAAGUCCUGUGAUUCGUACCUUGCCGUAGAUGGAAUAAAUCUCGGAUGUGUUUUUCAAAAAAAUAAACUGGGACUUCAUACAGAAUUUUUUGUACAUGUUACUGGAACAUCAGAUUUAAAUCCAAUCAGAUCGUCUUAUUUUAUACUUCAACUGCAGGACCUAGUUAAGCCUGGAUCUCCAGAAGAAGUGACUAUCCGUAUGAUUAAAGCUAAUGAAUUAAUAUUGGAAUGGGAACCCCCCAGAGGCAGAGUCCCCGUACAAUGUUUGGUAUAUGAGAUCCAUUCUAAAGACAAAGACGACAUUUGGAAGAUUAACACAGAGCAAAGGGAAACCAUCAUCAAAUUGAACUCUAGCAAUGAAAUUUGCACUCGAAUCAGAGCAAAGGUCAACAUGUUUUGUGCAAAUGAUGGUUUUUGGAGUGAGUGGAGUCCUGAGACAUGCUGGAAAGAACCGCCUUCAAAAUAUCCAAACUCGCAGAUGUACUAUGUUGCAGGAAGCAUUAUAAUAUUGAUUUUUCUAUGUGCCAUUGCAGCAUAUGUGGCAAUCAGAACUAAAAGACAUUGGUCGAGCAAGUUACAGAAAAAGGCAAAGGAUUUUGUCUAUGAAAUGGAUGCUUCCAAUAUGUUACAUUGAUUUCUUAGAAACCUUUUAUUUCCGAUUUAAAAGACUACUAGUAAGCUGUGCCGUGGCAGAGAAUAGUGAAUGUCGAAGGAUUUGUGCCACGUUUUUAUUUUAUUUUUUUAUGCAUACUAUGCUAUUGUACAAUUGUUGUUUGAAAGAAAAACUAUUUACAAAAUAUAAUGUACAGAAUGAAAUUAUUUUAUGUGUCUGGAAAUCUUAGCAUUAGAACUAUUUAAUAUUGUAUGUAAUAUAUCUGG